AUGGAGGCAAAACAACAGAAACGCACCUUGGAGAUCACGGUGAUGUCGGGAGAAAACAUAAGUGUGGAUCGAAAAUCAGUGGCGGAGAACGCGUACGUUGUUGUUCGUGCUGAGUCGUUGAAUUGUUGCACGACCAAAAUGGUGAAUGCAGAUGAAGGAGUGCAUGCAUGGAAGGAGAAAAUGGUGUUGGAGGUUCCUUCCCAUGCAAGGUCGGUCACGUUCGAGGUGCAAUGCAAGAAGUACAGAGGAGUUCGUUCUAUUGGGGUGGCAAGGAUUGCACUUUUGGAUUUACUUAGUGCCAAAAACGAUGAUGUUGUGUCCGAAAGUGUGCCUCGAAUGUUUUGUUACGGGUUGAGGAAUUGGGAGGGUCGACGAAACGGGGUUAUUCAUUUCUCCUUGAAGGUGGUGGAUAAUUUGUGUUCGGAAACCAUACCAGAGAAAGUUACAGGAAUGGUGUAUUAUGGAGGAAUUGAGAAUGAGGUUAUGGGGUUUGUUGUGAACCCUAAAAAUCCAACUCGUGUUGUUCUUGGCAUUCCAGUUAAUCGCUGCCAAAUCGCUGUUUGA